AUGGGCACUGUGUUAGAUAUCCUGCCACAAAUCCCAGCUGCAGAUCCCCAAGACGGAGACGGCGAUGGUUCCAGCUCCGACUCCCAGCUUGGUGUCGAGGCUCAAACCCAACCCCAACCCGAACCGACCUCGCAGCUAUUUACCGCCGGCCGGCUGCUCGUCUUUUCUCCACUGAAAGUAAGGCUCAACCCGUCCGCGGGCUGGACCUUUGCCGGCGAGCUUCCUCCAUUCCACGCGCGAGCGAGCCUCGAUCCGCCUGACAGGAAGAUAUAUGACAACUACUUGCUGCGCGACAAGAAGCGGAGGACCGUCCCGGAGGAGUUCGUUGUGUUUGGCCCGGAGUAUGAAACGGUCGAGAGCCGCAAGAAGGCGGCCCUGGAGUUGCUGUGGAAUGGCCAGGGUCCUGGAGGCCAUCCUCGAGCUCGAGCAGAUGGCGCCCUUCCAGCCGCAGCCCAACUAGACUUUUCUAUACUUGAUUUCUCUUCUUCUCAGCUCAGCUUCUUCUUUGCUUCUUCUCUAUAG